AUGUCGGCCCAGGAAGAACAGAUCCCGAUCCAGGACGAGAGUGUCGAGGACACCAACGUCGACGCUCAGGCCGAGGACGAGGUAGCCGCCAGCGGCUCGGAGCAGAAGCAGCUGCGUGCCGAGGCGUCGGAGCUGGACGAGUCGAACAUCAUCGACAACUCGCCCGGCGUCUCGACGCGCGGCGCCAAGGUCGACGCAACCAAGCAGGAGCGACAGGUCGAUGAGGCUGUCGCUGCUGCCGAGAAGGCCGACGAGCAGACCUAG